AUGCCCGGCCGAGUCGCCGCCCGCUCGACCUCUGCGGCCACACGCAGAUCCUCACAACAACCCUCCGCGGGGCGUGCUCCCUCAGUGACCCCGUCAUUCGCGAUUCCCGAUGAACCCGCUUUGCCUGAAGCAUCGCCAAAUCUCCGCCGAGAUGUAUGCGCCAUAUUUGGGGAUGCCCAACGAUCAACUACCGGACACCGCAAGCUUGUGGUGCGAUUGCGAAAACUCCAAGAACUAUGCGCUGGCAUCUCCCAGAAGAAUAAGAAGGGAAAAGACCAGACGGAAGAGCCAGAGAAAGUUGUGAUUUCGGAGGAAGAGACAAUCCCAGAGAAGGAAUUCAAUGUUGAAUUUGGUCGUUGCAUGCUGCGGAUUCUUACUGUUAAGAAAUCAGAGCCAGCUGGCGACCGAGUUGUACGCUUCAUGGACGCCUUCCUCGCUCAUUCUUCAGAGAAGGACAAUGAGUUGCUUGGACCGGGAGAGGAUGAGGAUGAGAUGGGAAUGUCGCCAGAAACUCCCACUUCCCGUUUGACCUCGGGUCUCGUCUCGUUGAUGGUACCUAUCUUGGGCACAAAGGAUAAAAUGGUGCGAUUUCGCGCCACUCAAAUCGUUGCUCACGUUGUCAAUACACUGGAAUCAAUUGACGAUGAGCUGUAUCACACCAUCCGACAAGGCCUUUUGAAGCGAAUCCGCGAUAAGGAAUCCUCCGUUCGUGUACAGGCUGUGCUAGGUCUUGCACGAUUGGCCGGUAAUGACGAUGAUGGAGAUGGUAACAGCAACGAUGAAAGCUCCACCGCACUUUUGGAAAAGUUGCUCGAAAUUAUGCAGAACGAUACAAGCGCUGAUGUCCGUAAGAGUCUUCUCGCCAACCUUCCACUCUCUCAGACCACCCUACCCUUCCUACUCGAACGAGCCCGCGAUCUCGACGCACCUACAAGACGUACCUUGUAUUCUCGCCUUUUGCCUACACUGGGCGACUUCCGCCACCUGUCCCUAUCUAUGAGAGAGAAGCUGCUUCGUUGGGGUCUGCGGGAUCGUGAUGAGAGUGUUCGAAAAGCUACCGGGAAACUAUUCUACGACCGCUGGGUAGAGGACUGCGCUGGCACCAAUAAUGAAGCAGGUGACGGCGCAACUGGUCAAAAGUCGCCGCCCAAUAUUAACGCCUUACUCGAACUUCUGGAAAGAAUCGAUGUUGUCAACUCUGGAAUUGAGAGCGGAAUUGCCCACGAGGCGAUGAAAAGCUUCUGGGAGGGUCGAUCUGAUUACCGAGAGGCAAUCACUUUCGACGACUCUUUCUGGGAUUCUCUCACAGGAGAGUCCGCAUUUUUGCUGCGAUCUUUCAAUGACUUCUGCCGUGUUGAGAAUGAAGGAAAGUACGAGAAUCUUGCGGAUGAGAAGAUGCCGGAAGUCACCGCACUCGGGUAUUAUCUCGCCAAAUAUAUGAACGAGCUUUUGCAGCGCAAGAAACUUGCUAAGGAGUCCGGUGAUGCGAAUGAUGAAGAUGCUGUUGAACAAGAGUUUAUUGUCGAGCAGCUCCUUCAUAUCGCUAUUACAUUGGAUUACAGCGACGAGGUUGGUCGCCGGAAGAUGUUUGCACUCUUGCGGGAGUCUUUGGCUGUACCUGAACUUCCAGAGGACAGCACCAAACUUGCUGUUGAGACCCUUCGAUGUGUGUGUGGCCCCGACCGUGCUGGUGAGGCUGAAUUCUGUAGUGUGGUGCUUGAAGCCAUCGCUGAAGUUCACGACACCAUUAUGACAGAGGACAGUUUUGUUUCUGCGAAAUCUGAGAUGAGCGAUGAUGCUAGCAGUCGGCAUCGUUCCGAAACUCCGGGAGACGAUGAUACUCCAUUCAAUAAAGAAGAAGCCAAGGCUAAAAUCGUGCGAGAGAUUGUGGUCAACAUGAAAUGUCUACACAUCGCCCAAUGUAUGCUCCAAAACGUCGAGGGAGACUUGCAGCAGAACAUGAACCUUGUUACGAUGUUAAAUAACCUGGUUGUCCCCGCUGUUCGCAGCCAUGAAGCUCCUAUCCGGGAGCGCGGCCUGCUAUGCUUGGGGCUUUGUUGUUUGCUCGAUAAGGUCAGUCACCAAUUUCAGUUCACCAUGGAAAUUGUUUAUGCUAACACAUCACAGAAUUUGGCGGAAGAGAACAUGACUCUUUUCAUUCAUUGCUACAGCAAGGGCCAUGAAGGUUUGCAAGUGACCGCGUUGCAAAUUAUUUGUGACAUGGUUACGACCCAUCCUUCUCUCCUUGCCCCAGUCACUCAAUCCGAUGGCGAGACUGUGUCAACUCCCCCUAUCCAGAAGCCUUUGCUCAAGGUCUUUUCUCGUGCUCUGAAAGCCAACUCGCCGGCUAGUGUACAGUCUUCAGCAGCCACAGCCCUUUCCAAGCUUCUACUUACGAACACUUUCACACCCCAAGGUGCUCAUAUCCCAAUCGCUAUUCAAGAAUAUAACCAAAAUGCAGUAGAGACCUUGUUGCAGUCUCUUGUGGUGGCUUUCUUCCAUCCUCGCACAAAGGAAAACCCUGCCCUUCGGCAAUCGCUCGCUUACUUCUUCCCUGUAUACUGUCAUUCCCGCUUGGAGAAUACAGAACAUAUGCGACGCAUUGCCGUGCCUUUGGUUCGUUCAGUGAUCAAUGCUGCCGAGGAGCACUAUUCUCUCGAGGCCGAAGAGGACAGUGAUGGUGAAAUUGAUGAAAGUAUCGGGGAACGUGAGAUCAAGGCGCUCAUGACUGGCGUUAUUGGAAUGCUUGCUGAGUGGACUGACGAACGCCGCGUGGUUGGUCUUGGAGGUGAACGCGUUAUGAUGGGUGGAAGUGCUAGUUCGACUGCCUGCGGCUGGGUACAUCUUGCGUUGGUCAAGGACAUCUUGGAACGUGUACUUGGUGUCAGCGCUGGCCCCAAUCGUUGCUCAAAGGAAGAGCGAAAAUUGAUCUUCACCCUCUUAAGCAAACUUUACGUUGCUGCUCCCACUGUGCCUUCUCGUGCUGGUUCACGUGCCCCUUCGCGUGCCCCAGAGGGCGAGGAUCAAUUCCGCACCAGUAUCAACAGCGCGACAGCUAUUGAGAUCGAACCUGAUAAUAUCAAAUUGGCACAGGAGGUUAAAGAAUUACUUGAUCAAACUAUGGAAGAAGGUCUCGCUGCAGAUGCCUCAAGCCGGAACGCGCUCGUCAAGACCAAGAACGCAAUUUUGAAGAUUCUCGCUGUUGCCCAGGAUGCUCGUGCUGCCAGCGUACGUCCCCGUGCCGGCACGGAAGAUCUGGAAAGUGAUGCUGGCAGUGUUCGUUCGGCCAGCGUCCGACGCUCCGUUGAGCCCUCUAGCCGUCGCGGAUUCUCAGUUGAACCCAGCAUUAUAGAGGAGGAUGAAGACGAACACGACAAUACCCAGGUUCGAUCUCGUAGCGUUCGACAAUCCGUUGAAGGUGGUGCUGUCAACCGUGGCAUGGUCUCUGUAGAGCCUAGCAUCAUGGAGCAGGACGAAGAAGAUGACCAUGACACGAGUCGAGGCACCGUGAUCAAGGAUGAAGGUGAUGAAUGA